AUGGACAGAAAGGUGGCAGAAGAAGUGAAAAGGGAUCGUAUCCCAGAACAUGUGGUGACAAAGAUACUACUGAAAUCACCCAUCAAGUCAAUUUUGAGAUUCAGGUGUGUAUCACAAUCAUGGAACUCCCUCAUUACUCUCCCUUACUUCAUCAAUGAGCAUUUGGCCAAAGCCAAACCAUUGAUUCUUCGAACCGAAAACCCAGUAGUAUCACUCUCUUUACUUAUUGAUAAUGAUCGUUUAGAUAGGAGCUCACAAAUAAAGUUUCAUCGCCCAUAUGCUUUUGAGAUAGUUGCUUCUUGUAAUGGAGUUGUAUGUCUUCAGGGUAGAUAUCCCGAAUUUGAUGGCAGCAAGAGGCUUAUUUUGUGGAACCCGUCAAUUAAGAAAACUUUGCGCCUUCCACCUCCGAGGUCAUUUGCCAGUACAGUCCCGACUUUAUUAGGCCUUGGCUAUGAUCCAAGAAGUGAUGACUAUAAGGUUCCUAGGAUUGUGAGGCUUGGCAAUUCAGCCGAGCAUCCAUUUGUUUUCCAGUUUUUCUCUCUCAAUUCUGGAUCAUGGAAUGAAAACGUUGAUUUCUUCAGCAGUAGUCUUGAAAACAAAGAUGCGUUGCGCAACAUCACCCUUUAUCGCUAUGAUAAUCAGGCUAUAGUAAACGGGGUUAUUCACUGGCUUUUAAAUCGUAGGGACGAAAUCGAUAUGGAAAUGUCCAGUAACAGAUGGUCACCUUUAAUGCUUUAUAACGAUGUGUUUGUGCUGGCUUUCCAUUUAAGCAAUGAUUCAUUCGGUGAGAUAAGGCCGCCAGAAUGUUUUGAUGAUACGACCAAAAUGGUGACAUGUAGGACAAUUUCAGUGUUCAAGGACUUACUUUCUUUUAAUGUGUUUGAGGGUGGUCCGUAUAGCAGAAGAUAUAAUUGUGAGAUAUGGGUGAUGGAACAAUAUGGUGUGAGGGAAUCAUGGACCAGACUAUACCAGAUUGAAAUGCUGCAUGUAGCAAGGCCAGUGAAAGUCUUGCUUUACUUGAUAAAUGAAACUAGACUCGGCAGAAAAAGGCUGCUGGACACGCAGCAACUAAUGGAGCACCCUUCUUCUAUGCAGGCUGCUGGACACGCAGCAACUAAUGGAGCACCCUAAAUAAAAUAAGAAAGAGGCACUGGAGAGGUUGUCUUCGGAAAGGAACGUAGUAUUCGGAUCAGUUUUAGAUGUUAAUGCUUCUUCACAUUUACACAGCCCAAACUAUUUCUCAUUGUUCUGGCAAUUUCUGAAGAAUUUAUAGUUUUCUGGUAGAUAUAUCUCCUCAUAUCAGCCUUUUAGUGCUGGUGUGCGGCUGUUGCUUUGCGCUGUCGAUCUUGUCGAUGAUUGAUGGCAAAGAAUGCUGAUAAUAAAAAUGCGGCUCAGCUCGUUUCUAUGGCU